CGGCCCCGGCGCGCUCCGAGAGGCCGCCAUGGGCACCGCGUGCUGGCUCGCGCUGGGCAGUCUGGUCACCCUGGCCGGACUGCUGGAAGGCCGGAUUGUGGGCGAGGAGGAGGCCGGCUUUGGUGAAUGUAACAAGUUCUUUUAUGCCGAGACCCCUCCCGCGGGCCUGGCGGCCGAUUCCCACGUGAAGAUCUGUCAGCGCUCCGAGGGCGCGGAGCGCUUCGCCACGCUCUACAGCACCCAGGACCGCAUCCCCGUGUACUCGGCGUUCCGCGCGGCGCGCCCAGGAGCCGGUGGCGCCGAGCAGCGCUGGCUGGUGGAGCCGCAGAUUGAUGACCCCAACAGCAACAUUGAAGAGGUGAUUAAUGAAGCUGAUGCCAUCACCUUGGUGAACAAUCUGGGAAGCAAGCAAGCCCUGAAUACAGAUUACCUGGAUUCUGAUUAUCAAAGAGGACAGCUAUACCCAUUCCCCCUUAGCAGUGAUUUCCAAAUGGCCACAUUCACUCUCACAAAUGCAGCUCCAAUGACCCCAUCCUUCAGGGAACGGUGGUACAUGAAUCUCAACAGCCUAAUGGACCGGGCCUUAGCCCCACACUGUGGCAAUGGGGAAGACCUAUAUAUCAUCACAGGCGCAGUGCCCUCAGACCACAAAGUUAAAGACAAAGUGAAAAUCCCUGAGUUUGUUUGGCUGGCAGCCUGUUGUGCUAUUCCUGGAGGCUGGGCUAUGGGCUUUGUCAAGCACACCCAGGACGGUGACGUCAUAGAAGAUGUGAUGGUGAAAGAUCUCGAGAAACUACUUCCAUCUGACCCUCAGCUGUUCCAUAACAACUGCGGUGAAACUGAGCAAGACACAGAGAAAAUGAAGAAAAUCCUGGAAAUGGUUAACCAAGUCCAGGAUGAAGAGCGAGGGGUGCAGUCUAAAGUGAGCGCUAUUCCUCUCUCCAGCACAAGGAACAAGAGGUCUGCUCUGUUGUCUCCAGAGGCACCUGAGGAAAGUAGUAGCCUUUUGGGAAAACUGAUGGGCAUCAUUGCUACCCCAUUCAUCAAGCUUUUCCAAUUACUUUGUUAUCUUGUGGUAGGAAUCCUGAAGUACAGUGUCUAUUUCCUGUGGUACAUUACCAAACAGGUGAUAAAUGGCAUAGAAAGUUGCCUUUACCGCCUGGGCUCAGCCACCAUCUCAUACUUUAUGGCCAUUGGGGAAGAGUUGGUAAGCAUUCCCUGGAAGGUGCUCAAGGUCACGGUCAAGAUCAUCAGGGCCAUUCUCCGGAUCCUUUGUUGUCUGCUGAAGGCUGUUUGCCGUGUUCUGGGCAUCCCUGUCCGAGUCAUUGUGGAUGUGGCCACUUUCCCUGUGUAUACCAUGGGUGCUAUUCCCAUUGUGUGCAAGGACAUUGCUAUGGGCCUUGGUGGCACUGUCUCUCUGCUCUUUGACACUGCAUUUGGCACUGUGAGUGGUCUGUUUCAGGUUGUUUUUGGUAUCUGCCAACGUAUCGGCUACAGGGUUACUUUUGACAAUUCUGCAGAGCUAUAGAACUCAAAAGACUAAUAGUGUUCAGCCACAGUGAAUUUGAUUUUUUUUUUUUUCAUAGAGAAAUCUGGAAUGUUUUAUCUUUACAGUGGGCUUCUGUCGAGUCAGUUAUUAUGUUUGACCUUUGCUGGGGUAUCUGCCUGUUUUUGCAGAGGAAGAUGGUACUAUUUAGACUUGACUCAAGAGAAAUGUUCAGGGUAGAAUUAUGUGUGGGUAAUCUGCUGUGUCCUCUGGUGAUAUGUGCAAACCUUCAAGCCAUUAAUAAUUUCAAUUAUUUGCUCUGAUAUGGAUGAGCCCUGAGAUACUCUGGUGUUCAUUUGUGAUAAUUAAAAAUUAUAGGAGAGUAGACAACUUUAAAAUUAUAGGGGAGAAAACAACUUUAAACCAAAGGGUUUUUGAGAAAAGAGGAAAGGAAUCUUGCUCCUCCCAUUACUCCCUGAGACUCUAGGCAAAACUGAAUAAAUAUCCCUGGCUGAUUUGUCAGCAAUUGCUUCUUUCUCCUCAACUCAAUUGAACUUAGAGAAGUGCAGACAAUGCCUCUCUACUGAGAUAACUUUCUAGGCUGGGAUUAGAAAAUCUGCUGUAUCUCUUUGCUUUCCAUGGUUACCAGGUUAAACUUUGCUGCAUUUUUCUUUUCAAUAAUGUUAAGCAUUUUUGUUACUCUGUAGUUUGCCAAAUGUGGUAUGACAAAGUGAGAAUACAAGAGUAAAGAAUUUCUUGUCCCUUGAACAGUGUAAUACACUCUUCUCAAGUAUAAGGAAGAGAACUCAAGGGUGGGAGCCAACCUUGGAUUGACUUGAUAUAGAUUAAAACUCUAGUUGAGAAGGUUGAGUUCAAAGACCUACAUGCUGAUCUAAUAUGAAUAUUCAUAUUCUACAAUGUACUACAGCAACCUUUCUUAAUGCAUCAAGCAAGUACCCAAUAUAGUGAACCACUCAAACUUUUAUCCUUAAAUGAUUGUUUUGGUAUAAAUAUAUAGAAAAGAGCUACACACACACAAACAAAACAAAAUAAAAAACAAAAAACUGCUCCAGUCAUUUUGAAAAAAUCUAUAUAUAAAAAUACUUGAUUAGAAAUUAUUACCUCUUAGGAACAUAUUUUUGUAGUGUGUUUGAGGCUGGAAAAGAUAGCUCUCCCAUUAAAAUCAAAUUCAAUUUGAGAACUAAUCUUAAAUUUUUUGAUCAAGCGCUCAUCAUUUUAAACCUUGUACUGAAAAUGGUAACAGGAAGAAAGCAGAAUCUCCCAAACUUUGCUCUGCCUUACACACAGCUGGGAUGUGACCACCUAGAUUUUUCUGAGUAUUCUAAAGAGUGGCUAUGAGGUUGGAAAGGGCCAAGUAUAAAAUACUGGUCUCGAGGGUGCCCGCCACCAGUCACCAGAAAGGUAGAUGCAAAAAUUAGGUAUUGAGAAAGGCAAAACAUUCAAGAAGAGAAUGAUGAGUCAACCAUUUGCAUUGAUUUGGUUGAUGAGAACUGUUGGUGUAGUGAGAAUUAAUGUUGCAGAAAGAUAGUUGAAUUGGACCCAAAAUAGAACAGCAUCCAAUGAGCUGCCAUCCUUAUGGAUGUGUGAUGCAGGGUUGGGGAGUAUGAACACUAGAUCAGUCCAUGAUAAGGAGAUACGUACUAGAUUUAUCUAAUAAUCGUAAGCAGUAUUUUAUAAACACUCCUGUUUGUGAGCAUAAAAAUCUAUAGUUGGGCCUGCCUUCAUGUCAGCGGUGUGAAGGUAAACGGAAGGGUGAGGUUUUUCCUUGGUAGUGAUGAUGGAUGAAAGAAAGGAAAUCUUAGAAGUGAUCACAGAGACAGUCUGGCUAACCCUUCAUUUGAUAAGGAAUCUGAGGCACAAGGAGGCAGCUGGUUUGCCCUCAGUUUCAUGACUAGCUGAUGGCAGAUCAGGAGCCAAGGUCUUUUGCACACGUCCUGUCACACUGGGAUGUCAGAUAUGUGGCAUGUGUGCUGCUAUUCACCUGCCUCCCUGGACCAUAGCAAAAUUCUCAAAUUCAGCAAAAAGACCGAGGCCCUGACUGAUCCAUUAAAUUUGGCAUGUGUGAUGAAGAUGAUUAGAUACCCAUGCACAACAUCAUACUGCUGCAUCCCAUGGAAUCCAUUUAUUCCCUCGUGUACAUAUUUGCAUUCUGAAAGACCCAAAGGAGGUAUCCACAGCAGCCUGAGUCCCCAGGGACCAUGCAAGGGACAGAGCAUCCAAACCAUUCCUCUGUAGAGCUGGUUGGAAAUGUCCUCUUUUCACUUAGAGUUUUCUAGUGUCUAUUUAUUUUUGUGUGACCAUUUUUGGAAUCUGGGAAGGGAGAAUAAAGCGAAAAAUAUCCUUAUGGCUAGGUGGCUGAGACCCUUCUCUGGACUCCUAGUGUUGGCCGUGCCUCUGUUCACCAGAACAGGCUGCCUUGGGCCUGGAGCCCAGCAGGUGGUUGAACUGCUAACCUCUUCCCAGUAAGCUACACUGGGCUUUAAGGUGGGAGUUUGGAUUUAUUAACCCCAGCUCUGGCUUGAGGAAUUUGCUGUAGCUCUGUUAUAUCCUUGGUCCCUUGGGGAAGGCAGCCACCUCUUCAUGAUUAUGAAGUUGACGUUCUUGUCUGAGGUUCAGCCACACCUUUGGACACUCCUCUUUUCACUUGUGCCUUUUGAAUGCUAGUUUGUCACUCAGCAUCAGCACCUCCCCCUAAAUGCAGACUAGGGAUUUGGGAGAAGGAACCAAGGUGAAGUACUCUUCAUUUGGUUAAUCGUCCAUUCAUGUAUCAAACAUGUACUGAACACCAGGGUUGCAGAGAUGAACCGUGCAUGGAUCCCAUCUUUGAGGAGUUCAAAAUCUAGUGGGGAGAACAGAUGGUGUGAUAGGUUCUUGUAACAUAUCCUGGUAUAUGCUACAAUAAGCAUACUAGAAGCAUGUUCUCUGGAGUACAGAAGGAAAAGCAACAAAACCAUGGAAAUCAGAGGCUUCACAGAGGAUGGGACAAAAAUCAGUUGGGCAUUUUGAAGCUAUGUACAAUGCCGUGCACCUGGCAGAUGCUCAAUAAGGUAAUUAUUGUCAACUCAUUAGCAUUUCUGUAAAAUAUCUAAAAGGGGAGAAUCCUAAUAGAUGAAAUGAGGUUUGGAGAUUGUCUCAGUUAUCUGUCUAGUGCUGCUAUAAAAGAAAUACCACAAGUGGGUGGCUUUAACAAAUAGAAAUUUAUUUUCGCAUAGUUAGGAGGCUGGAAGCCAGAAUUCAAGGCACUGGCUC